UUGUUAAAUAUGUGACCACGUCUGACUGCCACUUUGUUUGAGGUUUGGUGAUUGCAUCAUUUAACUACACUGCCUGUUUUCACAUUAGAACUAAUGUUCACUGACGGAAUGCAGAAUGUUCCAUCACACAUGCCAUGACAUCAGAAACAUUCUAAUUUAUGUGCGAAAUCAACAUUCUUCAUUCUAAUGUUAUCCACCUCACAAGACAAAACCUCAGUCUGACUUCAACUUCUGAACUGAACAGUUUGAUACAAAUUCAAACAGCUCAACCUAAGUUAGCUACUAGACAAACUGCCCCAUUCUGUAUCUGAUACAGUUAUCUUUGCAGAAAUGGAAACGAAUAAACCACUAGUAAACACAAUCUCAGACAACUAUAAGAUCCUGAAAGUUCUGGGACAGGGCUGCUUCGGACAGGUCGUCCACUGUUUAAAACAGGACACAAAAGAGAAUGUAGCUGUGAAGGUGUUAAAACUAAGAAAUCAGCAACAUGGGAACCAGAGAGAGCUGCGCAUACUGAAAAAGCUCAGAUGUUUGGACCCUGAGAAGAACAACAUUGUCAGAUGCCUUGAAUGGUUCUGCAAGAUCGACCGGACCUUCAUGGUCUUUGAAAUGCUGGACAUGAGCAUCUUAGAUUACAUGCGGCUGACAAACUUUGCUCCUCUUCCCCUACACGGAAUAAGGACCAUCAUCCAAGAUGUGGUGACGGCAUUAACUGCGCUGAAGGGAUUUGGACUGAUCCACACAGACUUGAAAUUGGACAACAUCAUGCUGGUGGACCAUCGGAGACAGCCCUUCAGAGUGAAGCUAAUUGACUUUGGCUUAACUCUUGAGAAACCUGAAGUCCAUCCUGGACUUGGUGUUCAGCCUCUUUGGAACAGGGCUCCUGAAGUCAUUGUGGGCUUCCCAUUCAGUGAGGCCAUCGACAUUUGGUCUCUUGGCACAGUGAUGGCAGAGCUUCUCCUCGGCUUUCCACUUUUCCCGGGGCAAUAUGAGUAUCAGGUGCUGAGUUUCAUCAUCGACCUCCUGGGUGAUCUUCCAAAGAGAAUUCUGGAUAGAGGAUUAAAUACUUCAACGUACUUCAAUGCGAAACACAAGUACUUUGCGUUUUUGAACUGGGAACUCAUGAAGCCAUUUCACUACGAGGCUGUGACGGGACACAAGAUGGUGGAUAGGAGGAAGUACAAGUUUUCCUCUCUGGAUGAUUUGAAAACAUCGAGCCAGCACACAGCAAACAGCGCAGAGGCUGCUGAUAGGAAGGAUUGUGUUGAGCUGUUAAAGGAAAUGCUUCAGAUGGAUCCCAAGAAAAGGAUAACCCCGAGCGAAAUCCUGCAACAUCCUUUCAUACUGGGGAGCUACCCCAGGCCCACCAGUCUUAGCAGUAGUAUUGCAGCCUGGCAGAAACAAUCAGUCAGCAAGAAAAACACUGCAGAGACCAAGACUAAUGACAGAACCUCUCGUACAUUUGAACCCUCCUGUAGAUAUACAAUGGAGCCGCCCCCAGGUGUCAUCAUGGUUCGGCCAGCUGAGAAGACCAUUUGGAGGGAAGAAGCCACCAAACAGAAGAGCUGCAUCAGAUACGCCAUAGAGCCCACCGAAGGAGUCAUUAUGGUUCGGCCAGUUGAAAAGGCCAUGCAGGAGUUAGCCCCCAAACAGAGGAGCAACAAUGGACCCCAGGCUGUGGAGGACCAGAAGACCGACUCUUCAGAAGGUAAGUAUGAUAGUGAAUGCACACUACAAAGCAUCAGUGACCAAACCUCUGUUUACAGUCUCACAUCGGAGUCCGACACUAGCAGUGUCACAACAAGCCCAUCUAAGGACAGUGACAUCCAGACCAUCUUCCUGGAUUCUCCCGACACCGUUUCAACGCAAGACUCGGACAGCACUGACUCUGACAGCACUGACUCGGACAGCACUGACUCGGACAGCGAAGACUCGGACAGUGAAGACUCGGACAGCGAAGACUCGGACAGCACAGACUCG